AUGCCUGGCGGAUCCAAGAGGAAAUGGCGCCUAAGUUCAAGAAGCCUGUUCGGCUUGAGAAAUCAUGAUGAAAUUUCUGCAAGAGACUGCAGCCUGAGAGAGACCUCCCCAAUCAUAGGCUACAUCGACAACGAUUGCCCACACCACACUGCUGUAGCGGCCAGUCUUGUCCCACAUGCAUCCAACAUUGCCCGACGGCUAAGAAAUGGGUUGAAGCACCUCGAUGUAAUCAAUAUGCAGAGGGAUACUGACAUUACAAUAACCAACGAGCCUUUGAAGAGGGUCGGCGAACGAGAAAAUGCCCUCGCAACUACGAAGAGUGCCGCAAGUUCUCAGCUUAAUAUCGCUCAUGCCCACGUACUAUCCAAAGAUCGUCUACCUCUAGACUCCGCGGCUGAGUGUGAUGGACUCAUUUUCGCCCGUUAUGGCAGUCAUGGGCAUGAGAUGCUCGAUUAUCAGCCCCGAGGACCGAUCGCACCUCUUGCUCACGGGGUAAACAUCAGGUAUAUGGGGCACUCUAGCUUUAGCCAAAAUCCAUUGACGUCAGGUCUCGCGCACCAUCUCUCCCACAAAAUAAAUUCUACUUUUGGGAACCCCACGAUUGUUCAUCGACCACACCUCCGUGGAAGGCCGAGCCGUCUUUCUUUGCCUACCAAGCGUACCAAGAGAACCAAUCAAGCUAAAACACCGGAUGCUUCCAGUCCUAACGUCACCGCCAGUGUAUCAGGCUUCCAGUAUUCAACCAGCAAGACCUCUCUAGAACCGGACUCUGCAUCGGUAGCGUCUAUUUUUCAGGGCGAUCAAUUUGGAAUGUUCUCAUCUCCGAUUCCCACAUCUACGUUGGGGGAGGACCUGUUGCCACCUAUUAAGGAACAUCCGCUCAAAGAGCCUACGAUUGUGACUGUCGAGAUGUCUGCCAACGCCAAAAUCUAUUUUGAGACCCAUUACGACCCGUUACUAGCGGGCAUUUCAACCCCACGAUCGGUAAGACGCAAAGUGCUCGAGCAUCGCCUCAGGAACGAGGCCUUACCAGAGGAGUCUCAAGAGCGAGAGCGAAAGGUAUGGGCAAACGAGGAGAGCACGUACCUCCGUCACUCUAGAGUCCAGAAGACCAAACUGCGGACAUCUACUAGUAGUUCUGCUACAGUGAUUGCAGGCUUUGAGGUAGUAAGGGUACUUGGUAAGGGAAGCUUUGGUGUCGUAAGGCUAGUUCGCGAAAAACACCAGGAUUCAGUGUCUCGUAAUAGCUCAAUAGCUACUAUUGCGCCGAUGCGAACAACAGUGGACCAUGGAAGAAGUCCUUCGUCUAUCCCAUCGACCGUGGGUGCUGCUUGCGAGACGAACCACAAAAGACCUUUAUCCAGCCUAAGCUCCGAUAAUGCUGGUAUUGCAGUCUUCGCAAUGAAAGUCAUUCGGAAGUCUCACAUGCUACGAAAUUGUCAAGAAGGGCACCUGCGAGCUGAGCGCGAUUUCUUGGUGGCAUCGGAAAAAUCCAAAUGGGUCGUGCCAUUGGUCGCUAGCUUUCAAGACAACACCAAUCUUUACCUAGUGAUGGAGUAUAUGAUUGGUGGUGACUUUCUUGGGCUGCUGUUCCGAAGAAAUGUGCUCAAAGAAAGGCACGCCCGAUGGUAUUUGGCUGAAAUGAUCCUUUGCGUUGAAGAAACGCACCGUCAUGGAUGGAUCCACCGCGAUAUCAAACCAGACAAUUUUCUAAUAUCGGCCUCUGGUCACAUUAAAAUCUCGGACUUUGGACUUGCGUUUGAUGGUCAUUGGUCGCAUGACCAACGGUUUUACAAAGAUCAUCGCGCAGCGCUAAUGGAAAAAUUAGGGAUUCGAGUCAAGGGCGACUAUGAGGACCAAAAGGAAGAUGCAAAAAGGACUUCCCAGAUGAACGCAGCAAAAACACUGACAAGCCAGCCCAGAAGCAUACCAGCCAAUGUAGAUGGUCCUUCCUCGGACGAAUCCAUCCUCCAGUGGCGCAAUCGAGAAUGCAAACGAAAAAUGGCGGCCAGCAUAGUUGGUACUAGCCAAUACAUGGCACCAGAAGUAAUUCGAGGCGAAUUGUACGAUGGCAGAUGUGAUUGGUGGAGUCUAGGUAUCAUUUUGUAUGAGCCUCAGCAUCAUCAUAGCUUCCUGUCCUUCCCUAGCGAACGUGAAUACAAAGUUUCCUGCGCUGCAAUUGAGUUCAUGAGAAGCGUACUCCACGAGAAGCACCAUCGACUUUGUUCGCGAAAAUACCUACUAAAUGACUAUCAGCACUCGAAACAGGAUCCUUGCAAGCUGAUCAAUAAGUGUGCCGAUCCGAAUGCUCCUAACUACAAGGGUCGAUUUGUCUACUCCGAUGACGCCUCUGACAUCAAAACUCAUCCUUUCUUCGAGCGCAUUGUCUGGGAUAGACUUCAUCUCACGAGACCACCUUUCGUCCCUGACACUGCUGGCCAAGACGAUACCAAAUAUUUCGACGAGGAAGACCCAAUAAGUGAUAAUGGUGACAUUAGCACUCAGUCCGACAGCCUAGACGCUAACCAGUCAAUAUUGUCCAUCGAUGGCAUCGAACAAAGGUCUAAUCCCUCAAUUGGCGGCGUCGACGGGCAGCAUGAAUGCUUUUCAAAGCGAAGCAUCAUCGAACAUGCGGAGGCGCCGAUCAUUGACGGAAGAAGGCAGACCCAGCACAAGGUUAAGAAGAGGGCGCGGGAUAAGGUCCUUCGGGAUCACGAAGUUGGGAGAAGGGCUCUAGAGGUUCGGAAGAAGGGUGUCUUCAUCGGUUAUACAUAUCGGAGGCCCAAGCAGACCUCACUUGGGCGCAGAGUCAGCAGCAACUGA